UAUAUUUUUUAAAACUGAAUAACUUAUACAGACAGUUCUUCCAAAAUGAGACUUAUGGUCAACUUUUUAGAUGCCCUUCGGAAGGUGCGGCUUAAAUUGUCCAUGGAAAACGUAGUCUACACCAACCAGAAUGCAACAAACUUAGCCUCCUCUAAUUUAAGGGACGAAUCAACAGGUCUAACGCGAUGGUUCGGAUGUAAAGCAGAAAUCCCUCAAAAGACACCAGCUGGGCCAGAGGUGCUGUGGCAGAAUAUAAAGAGGGUACUGCUCAUGUGUGGAGGGCAGAAGAAACCCGGUGCGGUUGAGGACGAGAGAAGGAGCAAAGAUUCCUGCAAGUUGGUUGAUGUAUUGGAGGCCCAGAGAUUUGUUAGUCAGGUAUUCGCUGCCAUGAAGGUGCCCAAACAAGCGGCCAGUGAAAUGGCAGAUGCUUUGAUAGCCGCCGAUUAUAUGGGGCAGCAUUCGAUGGGCAUCCAUCGAUUGCCAGCGAUUGCAGCUGAUCUAUUGAAUCGUACAGUUGUGGGUAAUGCCAAACCAGAAAUCGUCUCUGAAAAAAAAGCCAUGGGCUUGGUAGAUGGCCAUAAUGCUCCUGGACCCGUCGUGGCCAAUUUUUGCAUGGACCUGGCCCUCCAAAAGGCCAGAGAAGUGGGAAUCGGUUGGGUUUCUGCCCGAAGCUCAAAUUGCAUUGGUUUCGCUUCUUGGUAUGCCUGUCAAGCCUUGGAACAACGAAUGAUUGGCCUGUGUAUGACGAAUGGAGCUCCUACCCUGGUGCCUUCAGGAGGAAUUGAGCCUAUUCUGGGGGAAAAUCCAAUUGCCUGCGCCGCUUCCGGUGUCCAUGAACAAUUUCUGGCUGAUUUUGGUAUGGCUGCCCUUUCAGUGGAGGAACUAGAACUAUCCUAUUGCAAUGGCUGGUCAAAGGAAGUGCCCAAAUUAGUGGCUUUGGAUAGGAAUGGCAAGGAGACCACCUCCACGGAGGAGGCUUUGAAGGCUCAACGAAUCCGAGCCUUUCAGCCGGAACACAAGGGUUUCGGCUUGGCUGCCAUGGUGGAUAUUCUGUGUGGCGUGAUGACUGGUGCAAGGUAUGCAAAUCAAAUACCACGACGUGGUCUCUAUAGUACUGAAAAUGCACCAGCGGAUCUGGGCCAAGUUUAUGUGGCCAUCGAUCCGAUGCGUUUUUGUCCUUCCUUCGAGGACCGACUGGGCGAUUUUCACCGGCUGUUAAGACAAGCGAUGCCAAGCAAGUUGGGAAAACCAGCGAUGGUGCCGGGCGACAAGGAGAUGCAACACAUGCAAAUGGUCGACGACCAGGGAGGACUAACAAUGACAGCAUGCACUUUGUGCGUUCUCGACGAACUGGCAACAAAGUUCCGUCUUGCCCCUUUAAAGAUGAAGGGAAAUGUGCCAAGAACUUCUGAGGGUCUUCAGGUGGCAUAGGGGAAAUAAGAAAGUAUUUAAAAGCAAAAAUAUUUUCUUAAUUUACUUUAAAUAUUUAAUAUUAAUAAAUAAAGUUAUAGUUUACCGAAAAUAUAUGUUAGGAACCAGAAGUGAGAUAGCACAGGGUGAAAUAUUCUUAACAAAUAAUAUUUCACCGUGUGCUGUCUCACAAUCCUUCUGGUCAUAAGUGCAAA